GCGUGCCCUCGCCAGCCACACCUCCUACCGGGAGCACUUUGGCGGGUGGCCUUUCAACCGGGCCACUCUGACCCAGAGGUUGGAGGGAGCGACCAAACCCGUCCAGAACCUGUCCUGGCUUGGUGCCCUGAGUGCGGUCGGGCAGCUUGCUGCGAAGUUCGCUGCUGACGUAGCCUACACGGCGAAGUGGGACGGCGUGCUGAAGGGAUCAGUGCGGUGGGGGGCCGGUCUUCAGGAGUUCCUCGAGCACACUGAUGUUGCGCCACUAUGGUCGAAGGUGUCCGGCUCCGAGAAAAAUGACGCCGUGCCCAUGGGCAAUGACAGUCUUUUGGUGUCGGCUGAUGAGCAGCUCGAUUCGUUUGUCUCCUUUGUCGUCAGCGAGGCCAAGGUCACUGUCAAAGAAAUGAAGGACGAUGAUGCGUUGCAGGUGCGGGAUGCCGUCGACGAUUCGAAGACACUGGUGUCAUCUCUCUUGUCAACUGUCGAUGGGUCAGUGUCAUGCCAGCAGCUCGCCCUUGCCCUCCGUGCCCUGGAGGUGUCCAAGGUGCGCGGCAGCCCCAAAGCUGGCACUGUGCUGUUCUGGUAUGACAACGAAAGCAGCGGCGAACAGAGCUCAGACCCAAGGAGGUCGCUGACUCCGCUGAGGAGGGAACAGCUCGAGAAGACGAUAAUGGCUGCCAUGUCGAUCAGGGAGCCUGAGGCGCCCGACUGGGAUGGAGAUGAGGCCCCGGUGCUGCGCCCGCAAACUUGUGAUGUCUAUAUCUUCACUGAUGGCGGGCGGUCCACGCGUGGGACCAACUUCGCGAGCAUUUUCACCAAGACUGCUGGGAAUGUGGCCCAAAGGCGGGUGAACUUAAUCUACAGCGAAGAGACCGUCACGGAGCACCGCAAG